GGGGGGAGUGAGGAGCUUUUACCGCCGUAACACUGCAGAGAAGGAACUACAGGGAUAUUCGUACACAAGCAGAGAACUUCUGGGAGGAAGGAGUUUUACGGGAGGGAAAGAGAGAGAGAGGAAGUGAAAUUUGGGUUCCCCCGUAGUAAAGGAGGAAUGGUGCGGUCAGACCGGAAGUGAGGUGUCGCGCUCCGAGGGACUUCCGGUGAAGGAGGAGCGGCCCUGAGGAGGGGAAGCGCAGCGGUGGAGGGGCGGGGGCCGGGAGGCCGUGCCAUGACGAUGCUGUGCACGGCGGUGGUGAUGCUGGGCAGUUUGGCUCUGACCACAGCUGUGGUGGCCCACGCCUAUUACCUGAAGCACCAAUUCUACCCCACCGUGGUGUACCUCACCAAAUCCAGCCCCAGCAUGGCUGUUUUGUACAUCCAGGCCUUCGUGUUGGUGUUCCUGCUGGGGAAAUUCAUGGGCAAGGUGUUCUUUGGGCAGCUGCGUGCGGCUGAGAUGGAGCACCUGAUGGAGCGCUCCUGGUACGCCGUCACCGAGACCUGCCUGGCCUUCACCGUCUUCCGUGACGACUUCAGCCCCCGUUUCGUGGCCCUCUUCACCCUCCUCCUCUUCCUCAAAUGCUUCCAUUGGCUGGCCGACGACCGUGUGGAUUUUAUGGAGAGGAGCCCCAACAUCUCCUGGCUCUUCCAUUUCCGCAUCAUCUCCCUCAUGUUCCUGCUGGCCAUCCUGGAUUUCCUCUUUGUCAGCCACGCGUAUCACAGCAUCCUGACCCGCGGCGCCUCGGUCCAGCUGGUGUUCGGCUUCGAGUACGCCAUCCUCAUGACCAUGGUGCUCACCAUCUUCAUCAAAUACGUGCUGCACUCCAUCGACCUGCAGAACGAGAACCCGUGGGACAGCAAGGCCGUCUACAUGCUGUACACGGAGCUCUUCACUGGCUUCAUCAAGGUCAUCCUCUACAUGGCCUUCAUGACCAUCAUGAUCAAAGUCCACACCUUCCCCCUCUUCGCCAUCCGCCCCAUGUACCUGGCCAUGAGGCAGUUCAAGAAGGCAGUGACGGACGCCAUCAUGUCGCGCCGCGCCAUCCGCAAUAUGAACACGCUUUACCCCGAUGCCACCCCGGAGGAGCUGCAGUCCAUGGACAACGUCUGCAUCAUCUGCCGUGAGGAAAUGGUGACGGGGGCGAAGCGUCUGCCCUGCAACCACAUCUUCCACACCAGCUGCCUGCGCUCGUGGUUCCAGAGGCAGCAGACGUGCCCCACGUGUCGCAUGGACGUCCUCCGUGCCACUCUGCCCCCUCAGCCGCCCCCUGAAGCUGCAGAGCAGAACCCGGCGCCGCCUCAGAGCCCUCCGGGUGCUCAGCCCCAAAACUUCCCACAGGGGAUGCUCCCCCCGUUCCCCCCGGGGAUGUUCCCGCUGUGGCCGCCCGUGGCUCCGUUUCCUCCCAUCCCCGGUGCUCAGGGACCCCCCAACCCCGAGAGCCCUGCUGCUGCUCCAGCCACCUCCAGAGCCGGGGAUGGCAGUGCUUCGGGUUCGGAUGGCACUGCAGCACCGGGCUUUGCUCUGCCCCCCCCGUGGAUGGGGAUGCCAUGGCCGCCCAUUUUUGGGCUGCCCCCCAUGCCGGUUCCCCCCGCCGGCUUUGCGGGGCUGACAGAGGAGGAGCUGCAGGCCAUGGAAGGCCACGAGCGGCAGCACCUGGAGGCUCGGCUGCAGAGCCUGCACAACAUCCACACCCUGCUGGACGCCGCCAUGCUGCAGAUCAACCAGUACCUCACCGUCAUGGCCGCCAUCGGGUGCGGCCUGGGGUCAAGGGUUGGGGUCACCAAGGGGGUUGGGGUCAAGGGUUGGGGUCACCAAGGGGGUUGGGGUCAACAUUUUUGGUCCCCAGUGGGGAUGGGGUCAAGGGUUGGGGUCUCCAAGGGGGCUGGGGUCCCCACUGUGAGGUUGGGGUCAAGGGUUGGGGUCAACAUUUGGGGUCACCAUGGGGGUUGGGGGUCCCCAAAGGGUUUGAGGUCAAGGGUUUGGGGUCUCCAAAGACUCCGACGUCAACAUCUGGGGUUUUCAAGGAGCUUGGUGUCAAUUUUUUGUUCCCCCUCUUUUUUUUCCCCCCCCAGCUCCCCCCGUCCCGCCGCC